AUGCCUCAUAUCAAGAACCGCAAGGAAAGACGCCGAUCUACUUCCCUGAAAAGAUUGCGAGGCGUUAAAAAUGCAAAAUCGAAAAACAAAAACUGGUCAGAGAUACCCCAGAAUGAAGAUCGACUCGUUUCCACUGAUGCUCCUAAAGGGAGCUCACUUGAGGGAGGCGAUAAACCAUUGCGACCAUCCCAGAGAAGACAAAAUAUGGAGUACCCAUUACAGCUACAGAAGCCCCGGACCGCCGUACAGCCCUUGACUGUAGCGCAGCUUACUGAUCCCCAUGCUAACUGUAUAAUACACGACAGAGACUUGUUACGAGGGACCUGCGUCUACAAUAGGAAGCGGGAGCCCGUUGAUCUUCAGCAUCUGGUUGAUCAAGCCCUCAACGAUAGAGAUGUCGUUGUUGCAGGCCGAUUUGGUACUGGCAGACUGCGCAAAGGAACGUGCCCACGAACGCCAAUGUACAGUCCGAUAGGUCCCGAGAAUGACAUUCUUGUUUUCGAGAGUCGGUUCGAAUCGGGGAAUCUCCAAACCGCGGUCAAAGUUGGCGACUGGGAAUACGACCUCGUUGUAUGUCCGGAUACGAACACCUAUGGCAACACCCAAUGGUUCUUCUUCAGUGUUGAGAAUUUGUCUAGGGGUAGCAGCAUCAAGCUGAACCUGGUUACGAUGGGGAAGCCGUCGUCGCUAUUCCAAAAAGGCAUGCAACCCGUAGUCUGGUCGAAACAAGAAUUCCAUCAAGGGAACGGCAUUGGGUGGGUGAGGGGCGCGGGAAUCUCUAAUGUCGAAUACGGCAAGACGAAUACUGACAAGCACCUUCUAACGAGGGUUGCUGCCGCUCUAGAAGUUGGAGACUUUUGCGAGGGCGUCGCUGCUAUCGAGAUAGCUUGCCAGGCAGCAUCCUUUGUAGAGGCUAGUGUGCUGACCUUUGAAUAUACUCCUCAUUGGGAUGAUGACACUGUUUAUUUCGCCUAUACUUUCCCCUAUACUCUCUCAAGACUGCAGAACUUCAUCAAGGGCAUGGAAAGCAGCCGCGGAGGCCAAAAAUAUCUAUCACGAUACCCCUUGUGCCGCACUCUUGCUGGCAACAGACUUGAUAUGCUCACUAUCACAAGGUCGAGGGAAGAGAGUGACCCUGGGUUGGACGAUGAGACAAUGGAUGAGGAAGACGACCAUCUGGUUCUUCAUGAGACCAGAAAGCAAUACAUUGUCAUCACAGCCAGAGUACAUCCAGGGGAGUCUGUCUCCUCCUAUGCCUGUGAAGGUCUGAUAAGGGAACUCCUAUCAGACUCUGACCUAGCGCGGAAGCUCAGAGCUAAAUACAUCUUCAAAAUUGUGCCUAUGCUGAAUCCAGACGGUGUUGUCCUUGGGAACUAUCGCUCUAAUCUCAGUGGCCGAGAUCUCAAUCGUGUUUGGAAUCAGCCAUGCAAGUUCCUGCAUCCCACAAUGAACCCCCGGAUGCGAGCAAACAUUCCGCCUUUCAUUCCACCCCCGAGCAUGAGAACUCGAGAUGCUGUGAUAACCCCUUUGAUGGAGAGCUCGGAAAACUACGUGCUUAGUGCCAAGAAUUGCUACUUCCAAAUGCAGCCUCAGAAAGAGUCAACGGCGAGGAUCACGAUUUACAAGGAGUUCACUCUGCCGAAGUGCUUGACGGUUGAAAUUUCCUUCUGUGGGUGCGAGGAGAAACAGUUCACUAUCAAAGACUAUCUUCAUAUUGGCCAUGAAAUUGCAGAGGCAUUCGGCGAAAUGACGGAUGCCUCUGUGGAGCUACCAGAAGACCUCUCUGAGGAGGUCAUCAAGAGGUUCAUCAAACAAGCCGAAAAGGCUGCUGCCAAUGACGCUGGUAUACUAGCGAGAGACCAUUGGAGGUUUUAUCGCGUUCCCAUCUCAGGAAGCGACUCUGAUCCCGAGGCUGAUCUGAAGCCCCCCUCGCGUAAAGUCGUUGUUAAACGGCGUCGUACAGUGGUUAAAGAGACGAAGAGGAAGUCGGGCCGACGUGAUUCGAAAGCGAAGAAUAAAAAUGACGAUUCAGAAUUAUCGGGUACGUCAAUCGAGUUGUGCGUGGCAGUAGCUUGCCUCAGACAAAGCUCCGAAGAGUGUUCCGAGGUCGAGGUCACAACGUAUCAUACGACCUCGUAUGGAAAUCUAUGA